CAGCUGCGAGUUAUCGACUUCUCUCACACGCAGAGUUACGUGAGUGUGUCGUGAACUUUAUUCUGCAUCAUUCUGUCAUCGACAUAAAAGUCUAGUUGGAUUUAUUUCCAUAUAUAAAACGUGAAUCUAACGCCACAUAAUACUGCGCGUCCGUAUUGCUUUUAGUUUUGCAAUACCGUGAUGACAGAAAACAAAACAAUUAGUCAAAAGGAAUACCUGAAGAAAUACAUAUCUCUUGGCGACGGCGAUGAUAAAAAAAAGAAGAAAAAGAAAAAACACAAAGUGGGCAUGAAAACAGUAAAAGUCAUAGACGAUGAUCUCGACUUGAAGAAUAUGAGGCCGCUUGAGGAAGGUGAAUUUGAUAUCUUUUUGAAGGACGAGGAUGCUCCUCAAAUUGCUGGCAUAGUCGACGAACGUGGACCGGUGGACUUUUCAGACAAAAAGAGAUGGAAGAUCAUAACCGAGAAUGAAGAAGGAGACCUGACUAUCACCAGUCGUAUUGUUGACAUGGAGGAACAAAGUCAUAUGAACGCUAAGCUGGACGAGAACGACGAUGUCGAUCUGAGUCCACCUCGACCUAGACAUUCUAAGAAUAAGCGUUUAGAUUUAAGUCCACACAUACAAUCGAAAGACGAUGACGACUCGAAUUUGAGUCCACCCAGGCGAUCUAGAAAUUACGACUCGGACUUGAGUCCACCUAGACGAUCUAGAGAUAACGACAGCGACUUGAGCUCACCUAGACAACCUAGGGAUAACGACUCGGACUUGAGUCCACCUAGAAAAAGCACGAAACAUCGGAAUGCGGCUCACGCUACAUCCCGACGAAACUAUCACGGCUCAGGUAACAGAGAUAGUGAUUCGGAUUUUAGUCCACCUAGAGAGCGCAGGCAGAAUCUAGAUGCGGAUUUGUGUGAAAGCAGAAGGAAUAGGAAGAACAAUCACUCGAAUUCAGGCGGAUCUAGGCGUAAAGAACACCGAUCCCGAAGCGACAAUUCGCCGUCUUCUAGUUCGCGUAAGACAGACCGAGGGCACGAUCACUCGGGCAAACAUUCGUCCAGAUCGAGUAGACAAGAUAUGUCGAAGCCGAGUAAAGACAAACGCGAGAGGGAACACGAAGACAGAGAUCGUAGAUCUCGUUCUUCGUAUGCAGAUACAGGCAGAAAGAGGAAAGGUUCGCGUUGGGACGACAAUGAGGCGGAUUCUGAACGCGACUAUGCGAAAUAUCCUAAAGAUCGCGAAGGUCGAAUGACGAAGACGCUAGACGGAAAGACUGCGGGACUGCAAGACGCGAGAGCAUUGCGAGAAGAGACCGAGGCCCAUAAACGACGGGAGGCGGAACAAUUUAGCAAGCUGAGCAAGUCGGUGAGCGGAGUCGGGCAAGCACCGGUUGUGCGCGACAAAAGCGGCAGGAAACGCAAUUUGGAGGCGGAAGCGGCGGAAGAACGCCAACGGGAACUUCAGCAACGCGAGAUAAACGAGAAGUACGCGAAAUGGGGCACAGGCUUGAAACAAGUGGAGGAUCGCGAGGAAAAAUUGAAGGACGACUUGUAUGAGAUGAACAAGCCCCUAGCGAGGUACGCGGACGAUGCAGACCUGGAUAAACAGUUGAGAGAACAAGAGAGAGAGGGUGAUCCGAUGUUAGCGUAUAUAAAGGAGAAACGCAUAAAGGAAGGAAAAGAAAAGCCAGAUCCGCCAAAAUAUCAAGGCUCGUUUGCGCCAAAUCGGUUCAGCAUCAAACCUGGUCAUCGCUGGGACGGAGUCGACAGGAGCAACGGAUACGAGAAGAAAUGGUACGAAGCACAAAAUUCAAAGGUGGCGCGACAGGAGGAAGCGUACAAGUGGAGCACAGCUGACAUGUGAACGUGUUUUCACGCUUACAAUAGAAGACUAGCGUGUUUAUAUUUAUCAUUAAUAAAGAGAAGAAUUUUUAAUUUUUAAA